CCCGCCGCCCAGGUCCCGCCCCCACCCACGAGGAAGUGGCCUCGGCGCCCGGGGCCCAGAGCCGGUUCGGCGCGUCGACUGCCCAGAGUCCGCGGCCGGGGACCUCGAGGAGCCAAGAGCCAUGGCUUACUACAGCUUCCUGGUGGAGCCCAUCAGCUGCCACGCCUGGAACAAGGACCGUACCCAGAUCGCCAUCUGCCCCAACAACCAUGAGGUGCACAUCUACGAGAAGAGCGGGGCCAAGUGGAACAAGGUGCACGAGCUCAAGGAGCACAACGGCCAGGUGACAGGCAUCGACUGGGCGCCCGAGAGCAACCGCAUCGUGACCUGCGGCACCGACCGCAACGCCUACGUGUGGACGCUCAAGGGUCACGUCUGGAAGCCCACGCUAGUCAUCCUGCGCAUCAACCGUGCUGCCCGCUGCGUGCGCUGGGCGCCCCAAGAGAACAAGUUUGCAGUGGGCAGCGGCUCUCGUGUCAUCUCCAUCUGCUACUUCGAGCAGGAGAAUGACUGGUGGGUGUGCAAACACAUCAAGAAGCCCAUCCGCUCCACCGUGCUCAGCCUGGACUGGCAUCCCAACAAUGUGCUGCUGGCGGCGGGAUCCUGCGACUUCAAGUGCAGGAUCUUCUCAGCCUACAUCAAGGAGGUGGAGGAGCGUCCGGCCCCCACACCCUGGGGCUCCAAGAUGCCCUUUGGGGAGCUGAUGUUCGAGUCCAGCAGCAGUUGCGGCUGGGUGCAUGGCGUCUGCUUCUCGGCCAGUGGCAGCCGUGUGGCCUGGGUCAGCCACGACAGCACCAUGUGCCUGGCAGAUGCUGAGAAGAAGAUGGCUGUUGCCACCCUGGCCUCUGAGACACUGCCACUGUUGGCCCUCACCUUCAUCACCGAGAACAGUCUGGUGGCAGCGGGCCACGACUGUUUCCCGGUGCUGUUCACCUACAAUGGUGCUGCAGGCGCACUGAGCUGCGGCGGGCGGCUGGACGUGCCCAAACAGAGUGCACAGCGUGGCCUCACGGCGCGGGAGCGCUUCCAGAACCUGGACAAGAAGGCCAGCUCCGAGGGCAGCACAGCGGCGGGCACCGGCCUCGAUUCGCUGCACAAGAACAGCGUCAGCCAGAUCUCGGUGCUCAGCGGGGGCAAGGCCAAGUGCUCACAGUUCUGUACCACGGGCAUGGACGGUGGCAUGGGCAUCUGGGACGUGAAGAGCCUGGAAUCUACCUUGAAGGACCUGAAGAUCAAAUGACCUGCCAGGAGAGGUGCCCUGGCCCGGCUGUUAGGCGAGGGGCCAGAAAGGCUGAGGUGGCUUUGCUGAUGUCCCCAUAGGGGCUGCUUCCGCGGGAGGGGAGGGGAGGGAAGCUUUUCUACUAUUGAAGGGAUAUGUGCCUUUUCUCAAAUGCUUUAAUGUACUGUGAAACCUGCCCCCAAAGCACUCUGCUGGUCAUGAACUGCUUUAAAGAUGGAGGCAAUAAAGCUGGUUACAGACGA